AUAUAUAUAGAAAUAUAGCCACUUGGAAAUGCUUAAUAUUGAUGAUAACAAGGAAGAGAAAUGGAUAAGGCAUUAUAGCAGCACUCAGAAAAUGCUUCUAGUUGGAGACGGUGAUUUUUCUUUUGCUGUUUGCUUGGCUGAAGCCUUUGGCUCUGCCACUAACAUUGUUGCCACUUCUCUAUACUCUGAAGGUAACAAUAUUUCACCUGUCUCCGUAUACAUUUGUCUAAUAUUUGUUGGAUGCAAUCUGAUUGAUCCUGUACUUACAAAAUUAAGAGAUGAUGAGGCUCAAGUACAGUGGAGCUGCAUCCAACUUGAGAGAACUGGAGGAACUAGGAUGCACUGUUAUGCACGGAGUAAAUGCACAUACCAUGAACAGUCAUCCUCUUCUCACCCAUAAGCUGUUUGACAGGAUAGUCUAUAAUUUUCCUCAUGCAGCUCUCAAAAGGAGUGAAGCAAACAUUCGCCAAAUUGAGAAACAUCAAAGGUUGGUGGAGGGCUUCCUGGGGAGUGCUUAUGACAUGUUGGAAGUGAAUGGAGAAAUACAUGUGACUCAUAAAACCACAGAGCCUUACAGGAAGUGGGAUAUCGAGAGAUUAGCAGAGGAUGCUGGGCUGUGCUUGGUUGAGAAAGUUAGGUUCAAGAAAGCUGACUAUCCAGGAUUCAACAAUAAAAAAGGAUCCGGGCCUAGAGCUGAUCAGGCCUUUUCUGCUGGAAACUGCUGUACCUUCAAAUUUACCAGGAUUACUUGAGAUGGAACCAAAACAGGCACUGAAACCCAAAUUCCAGCAUCUGUGCCCUGCUUGCAUGGCAGAGAAGCUACCGACAUUCCUGUUGUUAAUUACCAAUCGCAUGAUAUUCUCCUAUAUAUGUAAGAACAUGGAAUUAAUCAAUAUUUUGUUUUUAUUUUAGCAUGCUGGAGGUAGGGUACUCAACGACAGGGUGAUCCUUUGAUGUCAGACUUGGUAACCAUAAUUCAAUUUGUUUUGAAGUC